GCGGAGGCAGGGGCACCGCGCGGGCGCACGCGUACGGGGACUUCGGCACGGGGGUGUUCGACAAGGAGGACAGGGACGCCUGGGAGGACAUCUACCACGCGGGCGACGGGCGCGCCGAGUGCGACGUGGCCCUGGCGGUGGCGGACCGUGAGGACGACAAGGACCUGGAGGCCGAGGGCGACAGGCGCCUGGAGGACAGGCGGCUGGCCGGUCUCGAGGAUGUCAGGGCCUCCUGCGCCGCUGUGCUGAAGGCCGACGGGGUGCAGGGCCUGCCGGGCCUGGAGGACCCCCUGCUGCCCGAGGCCCUGCGCGAGGAUCUCGUAGAGUUCAAGGUCGGGUCGUCGAGCAGGGUCUUCGUGGGCGGCCUGCCCAAGGGCUGCACCGACGAG